AUGGCUUUUGAGCUCGUUACACUGAGGAUGUUCCGUGGAGGUCAGUUACAACAAUAUCCUAUCAACUACGAAGGUGGUAUUAUGACAGAGUACUUUGAUAUUGAUAGAUUUUCGUAUUUUAAGUUUGUAGACUAUGUGAAAGAAAAUAUGUAUAAUUGUGAAACAUGUAACAUUUAUGUGAGACCACCUAAUUCUAGCACUUUGGUAAAAAUUUUAACUGAUAGGGAUAUUAUGGGUAUUGUGCCUCUAUUAAAAAAUAGGAAUAUAUUUGAAGUGUAUGUGUCCCACUCUGUUGAUGAAGCAUUAGUGGUCCCUCCAGCUAUUGAAUAUGUAAGCCAUGUGUGUGGGGAAUCUAGUGUGUCUUUUGAUAAAGGGAUAGAUCAAAGUGUUGGGGGCAACGAAGGUGUAGGGUUUGAAGAACCACAAAAUAGUAUCCCUGCUACUGAUAAUGUGCCUGGUGGGGAUGAGGGUGAUCCUUCUAAUCUUGAUGAUACUCCAUUAGUUGAAACUGAUGUAAAAAGCAGUGACCAUAGUACAUAUUCAGAAAUUGAAGAGCUAUUUGAGGAAGGGGAAGAAGAAUAUGGUAGUGAUGUUGAUGAGGAGUAUAGGAAUUUAAUAGAAGAGCGGAAAAAUGGUAAGAUUGCUGGAUAUGAGCCAUACUAUUCCUCAGAUAAAGCUGAUAGUUUUGAAACAGAUCCUGAUGAAACUACUUAUGAUGAAGGUGAAGAUGAAAGUGUUAGACAGUUUAGAGAAGCACUUACUGAGUAUACAGUUGAUGAACAUGUAGAGUUAGAUAAGUAUGUUAAUGCACCAACAAGGGUGAGGGUAAAGUGGUGUGCUGGCUGUCCAUGGCUCUUGUUUGCUAGUUAUGAUUCUAGGACAAACGAUUUUAUAGUGAAGAACUAUAAUCCACUUCACAAGUGCAAUGGGACUAUUAAGAACAAAUUGUGCAACUCAAAGUACUUGGCAGAAAGAUACAAGGACAGAAUAAUUUCUGAACCAAAUAUUAGAAUCUUUAAGUUCCGGGAGUUAGUUCAAAAGGAGUUAGAAGUGUAUAUUGGAAGGACUGUUGCAAGGAAAACCAAGAAUAUUGCAUUAACACAGAUUAUGGGAGACCAUGUUAAGGAGUUUGGUAGAAUUCUGGACUAUAGAGAUGAGCUGCUAAGGACUAAUCCAGGCAGCACAUAUAUUGCCUUCCUUGAUGGUUGUAGGAGGUAUAUUGGGUUUGAUGGUUGUUUUUUGAAAGGUGUAUGUAAAGGGCAAUUACUUGUGGCUGUUUGUAAGGAUGAGAAUAAUUACAUGUUGCCAUUAGCUUGGGCAGUAGUUGAAGUUGAAAACACAUUUAAUUGGAGAUGGUUUGUGAACCUUUUAAAGAAUGAUCUUGAGCUUGGAGAUGGGACAGAGUUGACUGUUAUUACAGACAUGCAGAAUGUACUUGACAAAACAAUCAGUGAGAUCCUCCCACAGGCAGAACAUAGGAUGUGUGCCAUGCACAUCCUAGCAAACUGGUCAAAAAAAUGGAGAGGCAUUGAGAGAAGGAACUGUUUUUGGAGAUGUGUUAGGUCAACUUAUGAACAAGAGUUAAAAAACAAUCUUGAUCACAUGGAGAAACUAGGAGAUAAAAUAGUUGAAGACCUGCAAUACUAUAACAAAGAGAGGUGGUGCAAGGUGUAUUUCAAGUAUUUCAGCAAUCGUGAUAGUGUUGACAACAAUAUGGCUAAAAUUUUCAAUUCUUGGAUAUUGGGACCAAGGCACAAGACAAUCAUCACAAUUCUUGAAUAG